AUGAUCACAAAAAGCAAACAAGCAAGUCAGCACGCCGCAGACUUACGAGAGACGUUCCUUACCCUUCGAAAGCACCAAAUGAAACUCAAUCCUGACAAGUGUGUGUUCGGAGUUACCGGAGGGAAAUGCAUGGGCUUCCUGGUAGACGAGCGAGGCAUUGAGGCAAAUCCCGAUAAAAUCCGGGCUAUACAAAACAUGAGAUCUCCCACCUCAGUAAAAGAAGUACAAAAGCUCACGGGGUGCCUGGCUGCUCUUGGAAGAUUUUUUUCCAAGUCCGCGGAUAAAUCAGAAGCAGAAGAGUCCUUCCGCCAACUUAAAGAGCACCUGUCCACCUUGCCAAAACUAGUUUCGCCCAUCAAAGGGGAGAAGCUAGCCCUAUAUGUCUCUGUCUCCGAAUAUUCGUUAUCCGGAGUACUGGUUGCAGAAAGAGAAAAGAAACAGCUUCCUAUAUACUACAUAAGUCAUGCAUUCCGUGGCUCGGAGGGAAACUACGAUGGGUCCUCUACCCAAUCAGCAAGUGGUGCUGGACUCCUCAUUGUGUCUUCCGCCGGGGUCCGUAUGGAAAGGGCGGUCAGGUUUGAGUUCGCAGCAUCCAACAACGAAGCCGAAUAUGAAGCAUUAUUGAUGGGACUGAGAAUUUGCUACGAAACGGGAGCCAAAAAAUUAUCCGCCUUCUCCGACUCCCAAUUGAUUGUUGGACAAGUGAACGGGGAAUUCGAAGCUAAAGAUGACAGCAUGAAAAUGUACCUGCAGCAAGUAAGGGAAUUUGUUCAAAAAUUCGACAAGUUCACGUUGGAGCACAUUCCAAGAUCCCAGAACGCCCAAGCUGAUUCCUUGGCCAAGCUUGCCAGCUCAGCAGAAACAUCCGCGGCUCGAGAUAUAAUCUGGGAAGUACUUCCUAACCCCAGCCUCAACUUCAUGGUCGAUACCAUCGACAGAUCAGAAACAUGGAUGGAGCCAUACAUCGAAUAUUUGCGGAGUCAGACACUUCCCCAAGAUGAAUGUCAGGCCAAAAUGCUCCGGAAGAAAGCCAGAUGGUUCGAAUUCCAUGAAGGAACGCUCUACAAGAAGUCAUAUACACACCCCCUCCUGAAAUGCGUAUCCCCUGAAGAAGGAAACUAUAUCCUCCGCGAAAUACACGAAGGGGGAUGCGAUAGGAAGGAAGCCAUCUAA